CUUCCUACUAUUUUAUCAACCAAAUAAGAAAGGUAUGUCAGACGAAGAAGAUUAUAUGUCCGAGAGUUUCUUGCAAAAUCUCGUGGAUAAAAGACCCGGACUUGUGUUCUCUUCAAAGACAUCACGAGCGCAUAAGCAGGAAAAGAAGAAAAGGGAGAAAGAUGACCAAAAUCGAGUCAAACCCAAGAAAGUUUUAGAGACAGAAAAACGAGAAGAAGGUUUAAAAUCUGCCAUUACAAGUGAUAAUAAGGGGUUUGCUUUACUUUCGAAAAUGGGAUAUAAACCGGGUAUGGCUAUUGGAAAGAAAGGUGAAGGUCGCUCUGAACCUGUUCCUAUUGAGUUAAAGGCAGGAAGAGGGGGGCUUGGCAGAGAUAAUGAAGUCAAGAGGAAAUUAGAAGAUUUUAGGGCGAAGUCGGCAAUAGCCCAAGAAAAAAGACAAAAAGUCAUGUCAGAAGCAAAACAGAACUUUGUUGGUCGGAUGAGUAAUAAGUUUUCAGAACAAAGAGCAAAUAGCGAUUUGUAUAAAAGUCAGAAAGUGUGUGCUGAUCUUGAUGCACGGAUUAAUUUAGCAGAACCAGAGAGGCAAUUCUUUUGGCCCGAUACUUACAAAAAACAAGAUGAAAGUGAUGAAGAGUCCAAUGAAUGUGAAAAGACAGAGGAAGAUUCACUCUUGAGUAGUGUAGAACAAUUGGAAAUUUUAACAGAUUAUCUAAGAACAAGACAUUUAUAUUGUGUUUGGUGUGGGACUGCUUAUGAAGAUGCACAAGAUCUAGAAACCAAUUGUCCUGGUAACACAGCAGAACUUCAUGACGAUUAAAACUCUUAAAGGAUGAACAGUCUCUAUACAACAUUUGUAACAUGUACAUUCAGCUUUAAAGAUAUUAGGUUUAUUUUUGAAUGCUAGAAAAUAAUGAUUAUCAAAAUGACUUGUGUACAUUGUAUUUCAUUGUUCAUAACUAUACAUGUUAUCAUAAAAUAAUUUUGCUGUACAUGAGAAGAGAAAAUAAAGAUACACUGUACCA